AUGGGCGACCGCAAGUCCGCUUACGGCACUGCUGCCGCCUCCGAUACCGACUUCCGCCGUACCUGGGACCGCGCCGAAUAUGAAGCAAAGGCCAAAAAGGAGCAAGAUGAACGUCGCGAAGAAGCCAAAGCGCGCUACGAAGCCAAACUCGAGGGCAAAAAAUGGCACAAGCCCGUGGACUUCUCCUCUUUGGACUCUACGACCGCGCGUGGCUCGAGGCUGGAUGUGGCGAGCAUGGUUGGAAAGAGUACGAUUGUGCCAGCCGGUGCGGGAGUUGGCAGGAGGGGAAAAGGCGCAGGCUUCUACUGCGAGGCGUGCGACCUGACAUACAAGGAUAACGUGCAGUACAUUGAACAUUUGAAUUCGAAGCAGCACCUGAUCAACACGGGGCAGUCCGGGCAAGUGAAAAGAGCAACGUUACAGGAUGUAAGGGAGAGGUUAGAAAUGCUCAAGGCUCGGAAGAGACAACAUGAGGAAGAGGUCAAAAUGCUGGGCGAGGUCGAUAUUCAGGCGAGAAUCAAAAAGGCCGAAGAGAUUGACGCCGCAGAAAGGGAGGAGAAAAGAAGAAAGAGGAAUGAGAAAAGGAGAGCGGCCAAGGAAGAGAAGGGUGUCAAAAGGGAGGAUGAGUGGGAGGGACGACUGGGGAUUAUCUCUUGA